UGGAGAUGCCCCCAUUGAAGCCAUUUGGCCUACUGAGAAUCACUAGUGCAAGGGAUGGUGGGCCAAGACCUCCUAAGAGCUUGAUUACUCCUAAAAGACUAGCUCUCUUGUGGCUUGGUCCUUUUCCCACCGUGCCUAAGGUCCCCAGGAAUCAAGGGGAGCUCGUAAUAGAGGCAAAUGGGAUCCCUGACGACAAUGGAGCUCCGGAUGACAAUGAAGAACUGAUGGUGGAAGGCCCAACUACUAGGAAGAGGAUAUGGGAAGAGGGAUCUUCUUCAUCAAGAAAGAGGCAUAGAGGAUCAGCCUCUGGCCCUUGUGACACGGUUGAACUCUGA